AUGGCUGAGAGCGAUGGAGGAGAUGACAAGCAAGACACUGAUAUCGAUACACGGCUAGUGGGCGAGAGCCGUUUCCGGUCUGAACCAGAUGCUAUUGGCUGUUUACCACUCACCCCCUUCACAAUACAUCCAGCACCGACAUCGGUGCAUGGCAGAAAUGUGUCGAGUCGCCUACACACUGAGAAAUCACCAAGCCAACUUACAACACCUCCGUUGCCACCAACGCCGGUGUUCAGUCAUGGCUCCAUUUCGGAGGCUUCCGCAUAUCCCAGUAUCAUUCAAGCCCUACGAAGUUCUCUUCCUCCUCAGAGAGAUAUUGAAAUUCUGAUUGAAAGCCUCAGCAGGAUGUCCAUCUUCUGCUACAAAUCCAGCUUCAAGCUAUCCAGCUCGUGGCAGAGCGAAAUGGCCAAAGCACAAAUACCAAUGGCCAAUAUGCUGUAUUCAGAAAGCCACCCAGUGUUGUUGGCAAGGCAAAUGCUGCUUUUUGCAGUGGGGUUGCAACACCUGUCCCCCGCAAAGGCGAUACCUGGCCUCACGAAGCAUCAUCGCGUCAUCAUGGAGCAGUUGGCGGACUCGGCUAUCAAGCUGGUAAAUACGAAUGACAUCUUGCUGGGAACGUUGGAAGGUCUAGAGAAUCUUAUCCUUGAAGGCUUCUAUCACAUAGAUGGCGGCAACAUGCGCCGAUCCUGGAUCACAAUGCGCCGUGCUGUCAUGACAGCGCAGCUAUUGGGCUUGCAUCGACCAGGUCACUAUCGCUUCAAAGUCGUUAAUCAACAGAACGAUCUUGAUCCUACGGUCAUGUGGGCAUGUGUGGUUUCCACAGAGCAAUUUCUAUGCUUGUUACUGGAUCUGCCCACAAGCACCAGCGGUACGAGUGUCACAAUACCCCGAGCAACAAGCACUCGUGUUGAGAGCGGCAACUUGCCUAUGCUCAUUCCAGGUGUGGUACGCAAGAUUAUUGAACGAAAUCAGAUGCAUGCACCCGAGGAAGCACUUGACAUGACGCAAGAGAUCGAUCAAGAGCUAUUGCGGGUCACUGAGCAAUGGCCGCCUUCAUUUUGGCGGCCAUUGCAAUUUACGGGUCUUGAAGUAGACUCCGCGGAUGCCUUCCAGGAAACCCGACGGGCUUGGGACCAUAUAUUUUAUUACUGUUUAGUAAACCAGCUCCAUCUGCCAUAUAUGCUAAACCCAAGGUAUAUCUCGCAAAGGGUAUACUCGAGAAUUGCCUGCGCCAGUGCCAGCCGUGAGAUUCUGAUUCGGCAGAUUGCAAUCCGUACGUUCCAUCCAGUCACUGCCGGCUGUCGUAUGGGCGAUUUUGUGGGUCUUAUCGCGGGAAUGACACUGAUGCUAGCCCAUAUCUUGAGCCACUCUAACAAGGGUACGGAAAACCUACUGAUACAUCAGCGGGUUGGGGACCGGGCGACGGUGGAGCGGGCUCUUGAGUGCAUGGAAUCCAUGUCGGAGCUGCAUGAGGAUGUCCUCACAGCAAAAUGUGCUGCCCUUCUCAAGAAUUUAUUGGAUAUUGAGGCAGGGCCAGCAGAGAGGCACGCUUCUGACGGUCAAGGAAAUAACCAAAACGUGUUGGUAGCCAAGGUACCCUUCGUUGGCGCUAUCAGAAUUGCGCGAGACGGUAUUUCUAUUACGCCCUCAGACACGGAGCAGGAGCAAGUUCCUCAUGAGGGUGUUACAAUCGGUGGCUUUGGGUCUAUCCAUGUCAGAACACCACAGGACUCCGAUCAUUAUACAGAUGUGGUCACAUCCGAUGAUGCUGCAGCCUCACGAGCAACCGCGCAGGCAGUGGGGGCAUCAUCAGUACGGAGGGACGGGGGCCAGGUUUCCCACACUACGUCCGACGAUGUUUUUGUACUGCCAGAUGAAACACUCCUCGAUGCUUCUGCUGGCAUGGAAGAAUGGCUUUUUCAAGGCCUUGACACUGCCUUCUUUGAUGUGCUGAUGAGCGGAGCUGGGGAGCAGCCGCUGCACGGCACUGACACUGAAGGAUGGAAUUUUACAGUCUCCCCAUGA